AUGGAGUCAGGUCACAGAAACAGGAUCGAGGAAGCCAGGGAAGCACACACACGGGAGACAGGAAACCAGCUGUGUCUGGAGAGGAAGAACAAAACUGUGGCUAACCAGCGAGAGCAGAACAUGGAUGAGAGGAUCCCUCCCAGAAUGGAGUGCAUUGGUGUGUGUGUGGAGGAGCUUUGUCCGGUAUGUGGAGAUAAAGUCUCGGGUUACCACUACGGGCUGCUCACCUGUGAAAGCUGCAAGGGCUUUUUCAAAAGAACGGUUCAGAACAACAAGAAGUACAUCUGUGCAGAGAAACAGCAGUGCACAAUAGAUAUAAGUCAAAGGAAACGGUGUCCAUCCUGCAGGUUUCACAAGUGUCUCCAUGUUGGCAUGCGACUGGAAGCUGUUCGUGCUGAUCGGAUGCGAGGUGGCAGAAACAAGUUUGGCCCCAUGUACAAGCGUGAUCGUGCCCUCAAGCAGCAUAGAAAGGCAUUGAUUCAAGCUGGUGGAUUCAGAAUAGACAGUGGCCCACCUCUGGGCUCCUCCAUCCACCACAGACACCUCCGCCCACUUCCCAUUCUUCACAGCAACCCGCUCCCCACAGCACGGCCCCCACCACUGUGUUCACUCCUGCCAUCCGACCCACUUGCUGCCACCCAGUACCAGUGUACCUUCUUCUCAAGCUGGACCAUCAAGUCAGAGCACACCAACAACUCUGGUGCACCAGGCUCUGCUGCAAGAACACACUCAGAAGAGUUACACGCAAGACCUUUCUCUCAACAAGGUCCCAGGAUGCCUCAGCUAGUGAUGGAGUUCGUGCGCUGUGAUCCAGAUGAGCUACAGCUGCAGAAUAAGAUCACUGCUCGUCUCCUGCAGGAGCAGUCGGGCUGGGAGAAACAUGGGAACCCCAGCACCUUCAGCCUGAUGUGUGUCAUGGCUGACCAGACGCUGUUCUCCAUCGUAGAGUGGGCUCGCACGUCCAUCUUCUUCAAAGAGCUGAAGGUGAAUGACCAGAUGACGUUGCUGCACAGCUGCUGGAGUGAAAUGUUGCUCCUGGACAUCAUCUCCAGACAGGUCCUUUAUGGCAAAGUGGGCAGCCUGCUGCUGGUCACUGGGCAGGAGAUGGAGCUGUCCUACAUAGCCUCUCAUGCUAGUCUUACCUUGGCCAGCCUAGUCCAGAGAGGACAGGAGCUGGUUGAGAAGCUCCACAUCCUAAAGGUGGACCGCCAAGAGUUUGCGUGCAUCAAGUUCCUCAUCCUUUUUAACCCAGAUGUGAAACAGCUUGAAGAUCAUCAGUUCAUCAAGAGUAUGCAUGAGCAGGUAGAAGGAGCCCUGCUGGAGUACACACUGUGCACCUCCUCUCACCUUCUCGGACGCUUUGCUCAUCUGCUGCUUUGUUUGUCUGAGUUACGCUCUCUCAGCACCCUCGUUGAAGACUACCUGUACUGCAAACACCUAAGUGGUGAGGUGCCCUGCAACAACUUGCUCAUCGAGAUGCUCCAUGCCAAGCGCAGCUGGGCAUGAAGUUUCAGAAGCUACAGUAUAUGAUUGUCUGCACAUGGGUCAUUAAGCUGGGAUGAAUGUCAAAUACAAUGAGAUUAGGGUACUGUAUUUUAUAUACUUGAUAUAUUC